UGAACUAGCACAUAGAGUAAAUGAAAUUUGAUCCACUAAAAUGUCGGUGAGAUUAUAACCUCUAUGAAUCUCAUUCCGUAUGUGAAACAGUCACUUCAUCACUCACAUUGAUCUUUCGUCCAAAGUUGUUCAACGCGGUGUGGUGCAUUUUGGUCUUGCACCUAUUCCUGAAUUUCAUGAGUGGCUCUAGAAAGUCUGCCCAAGCUUUCAUAGAGGCGGCCCCACCUCAACACUCAUAUAGGUGAAUCUAUCAAGCAUACACCACAGUCAAGCACAACACUAUGAGUUAUAGAUUCAUUAAGAGAAUAAACUCAACCUCCAACGUUGUACUAGUACACAUUAUCCUAUACCAUAGGGAUGAAUCUUACAAAAUAAAAAUGGAUAGUGUCUCACUAAAUUGACAAGUGACUUGUUCUUACCCAUACGAACAUUGCCCUGCAAAUUUUCACAAUCUAUGUUGGGUUACCAUCACUCAAUUUUUGUAUUGGACAUAUAAAUCCAUCCCCCUCGAUGUAUAUAUCAUCGACUAGUUUUUUGCUCAGUGGGUUAUCACAGGAUCCUUUAUAUACAUCACUCAAACAGCGCGUUGUUUCAUAAAAUCACAAUACAUUGACUAAGACGUCUCCUAAUCAAUAUUUCAUCAUUCAUUUUCAAAUGGACAUCUAUGAUAUAUUAUCAUAGUGAAAUUCUGGCACACUAGUAUCACGAUGUUGAACGCGAUGCUCCAACACUGUAAGGCGAUAUAUAUGAUGUUUGAUCCGAUGAUCCAACACCACGUCAACACAGUACUAGAUGAACAAUAAGGAAACGUAAAACACAGUAAACAAAAUAACACAGUUAUUUGUUAACAACAGUUCAGCAUAACAACCUACUCUGGGGGAAUACAAAUCUAGGAGUGAAUCCUCAAUAAACGCCCCGUUUGUGACUCAUCACCUAAUCACCACUCGUUCUAUACUUUACCUAAGACACACUUAGGUAUGAGGUCCCACCUCAACUCCUCUCAAUCACAGCCAUUGUGAUCGUACACGUUACAGUUUGUUUUGAAGACACACUUCUUAAAAACAUUUACCAAUUUCGUACUUCAAAGCUUAGGAAUGGUUCACACACACACUAUCUCCUUGCUUAGAAGCUUACAAUACAAUAACAUAUAGUCAUUAAUCCUGCAUCAAGGUAACACAAGAACAAGAACACAAAGACACAAUACUAAAACCCUAAACACACGCUUUGUCAAAACAUAAUUGUGGCUUCAGUCGUUUACAAAAGGGUUUAGGCUUUAUAUAACCUGAGCUAGCACGGGCUAGGUCUUGAAUUCAGCUUCACAAAACUUAGCAGGUCCGAAAGUUCCUUCAAGGAAUAUUCAUCAAUCGAAUCUUUUGUUUCCAUAAAUAGUUGAUGCAUUCUGAAACAAAACUAGGUCAUGGUCGCCUUCUAGAACAAUAGGAAUGGGGCUACUUGGCGCACAAGUAAAAACACGUGGAUUCCAUAAAUAUAAAAAGGCGCGAGAUUAAGAAAACAUCAGGCCCGACCCACUGGAUGUGGUAUCCAAUGUUGAAGCAUUCUAUCCAACAUCUUGCUUGUACCAGAUGUUGAAACAUUCAGUUCAACAUCUAACUUGAAUAUUUGUUUUAGCAAAAUGAGGCAAACAUAAAACUCCAACACAUAGGCUUACUUAGAUAAAUUCUAAGCAACAACAUCUCCAUUAAGGGAGAAAUUAAAUUUAUAUUUAGAUUUAUUGGUACAGGUCUACUUAAAAAUUUUCAAGUGACAACACUCCCACAUUUGGUAGAAUUAAUUUUCCAAACAAAUCAUUUAUUCAAGUCUACUUGAAAGAAUUCCAAGCGACAAACCCCCAUAUUGAAAAAAUUAGUCCACACAAAUAUUUAUUUUCUUAUCAAAAGUUUUAUUAAACAUCCUUGUAUUAUUUUAAUACAAUAGAUAAUCCUCAAUGUAUACAAUAUAACACUUUAUUUGUGUAUCUCAAAUAUCUCAUGAGUCAUAACCAUAUUCAAGUCUACAGAUUUUUUUUUCUGCACUUUUUGGUCUCUGAAAAAUUUUCUAUCACAAUUUUUGGUCAUUACUUUUUAUCAAACUCUUGUAUAUUUUCACAUUUUUAUUCACGGUCAGAUAUGGACACUUUUCGCAUUUAAUAAAGAGGAUGGUCGACGGAGAAUGGAUUCUCUCCAUUACAUGAGGGAAAUAGUAGGAUCUUAGCCAUUGAUUUGUGAGGAAAGAGAAAAGAAAAAGAGGAAAAAAAUGAAUUUUUUUUUUGACAAAAGGAAAAAAAUGAAUUGAAAGGUAGAGAUUAGGAAAAUUGAGGAAAAUAAAAUUGAGAGAAUCCAUUCUCUGGUCGACGCAUGAUGUGUUGACAAUAUUUUAUUCACGGUCAGAUAUGGACACUUUUCGCAUUUAAUAAAGAGGAUUUUGCUGUUCAAAAAACUUUUCGCCCGAAAAAUAAAGGAUAAAAGUGGAAGAAAAAAUAAGGGUAAAAGUGGAAGAAAAAAUAAUAAGCUAAUUGAAAUAACGUCCAAAAAAUAAACUAUAAAUUAUAAGUUAAUAAAAUACAUUAUAAACUCGUAAUAAAAAAAUUGUUAUUAAACAGAUUUUUUAACUUUUUUUUUGACGAAAGAUUUUUUAACUUAUAAACUAUAUAAUAGCUUAUUAUUGACCUGCUACCCAUAUAAAUCUACAAAUAUUAAAAGUUGUAUAAAAUUAUACAUUUUAAUGAUAUUAUAAAUUGCAUUUUCUCAACCACACACCUUAUAUAGAUAAGGUGGGUAGCCAAGUUGCGACCAAUAGUCAAUAGGAACCUCCCAAGAAACUUCAUAUACUUGCUUCGUUGAUGCUGUGUGUUCUUAACUACUUGCAGUAUAAUUGCAGUGUGCAUGUGUACACACACACAUCCUCCUGUUAACGUUCUUUUAUCUAUACUGCAAUAUUACUGUAUUGUCUUCAGUGUUCUGUUAUAACAUUCUCAAAAGUGUGGUUGAUCUGUUCACUAUAAAUGUCUAUGGCAAAUUAUGAAGAACAGUCGGAUCGUUUCACCUAUGAUGUUUUCCUCAGUUUUAGAGGAGAAGACACACGGGAAAAUAUUGUUGGAUAUCUUCUUGAUGCAUUUCAGAAGAGGGGAAUCAAAGUUUUCUAUGAUGAUAAAAGUCUGAAAAUAGGGGAAGAAUUGUCACCUGCAUUUUAUAAAGCCAUAGAAGAAUCUAAUAUCUCUGUUAUUGUUUUAUCUGAGGAUUAUGCAUCUUCUAAGUGGUGCCUUAAUGAACUCGCGAAGAUCAUGGAAUGUACCAAAAGAAACAAGGAACAAAUUGCUUUUCCAAUAUUUUACCAUGUUGAUCCAUCGGAUGUACGAAAUCAAAGAAAGAGCUAUGGAGAAGCCAUGGUUGCUCAUGAGAAGAGGUUUGGAAAAGAUUCAGAAAAAAUAAAAGCAUGGAGAGCAUCAUUGUCUGAAGUGGCAGACUUGAAAGGUCACCACAUCCACACUGGGUUCGAAAUCGAUCAUGUUAAAGAGAUUGUCGAAAAGGUCCAUGCUAAGAUACCUCCUAAAUCUUUAUUUGAUGGUGAGAAUCCAGUUGGACUUGAUCAACGCAUAGAAGAAGCGAAGUCACUUCUAGACUUGAAGCCAAAUGACGAUAUUGUAUGCAUGUUGGGCAUAUAUGGACUUGGUGGAAUAGGGAAAACAAGUCUUGCCCAAGCAUUGUAUGACAAGAUUAGGCACCAAUUUAAAGCUGCUUGUUUUCUUGCCAAUGUUAGAGAGAAAUCAAACAAAAUCAAUGGCUUAGAAGAUUUACAGCUGACACUUUUAUCAGAGAUGUUUGAGCAGUCAGAUUCUAAGUUGGGAAGUACAAGUAAAGGAAUCUAUGAAAUUAAACACAAGCUUGGAAGGAAAAAGGUUCUUUUGGUACUUGACGAUGUUGAUGAGAUGAAACAAUUGGAAAAUUUGGCAGGAGGAAGUGAUUGGUUUGGUCCAGGUAGUAGGAUCAUUAUAACUACAAGGGACAAAGGUUUGCUCAUGGGUACUCAUCCAAUAGAAGUUAAGACUUAUGAGAUGAUUGAACUUAAUGAUCAACAUUCUCUUGAGUUGUUUUGUAGAAAUGCCUUUGGACAAAGCAAUCCUAAAAUAGGAUAUGAAGCUGUGUCUUCUCGUGCCGUUGGUUAUGCAAAAGGUCUUCCAUUGGCUUUAAAAGUUAUAGGCUCCAAUUUGGCUACUAGAAAAAGUUUAAAAGCUUGGGAGUCUGCAUUGAAAGAUUAUGCGAGGAUUCCGCGUAAAGGGAUUCAAGAUGUGCUUAAAGUAAGCUAUGAUGUGUUGGAGUCUAAUGCUCAAAGUGUUUUUCUAGAUAUAGCUUGCUUCUUCAAAGGGAAAAGAAUAGAAUAUGUUGAAGAAAUACUAGAUGAAUUCAGUGCAGCAUCAAAUAUUGAAGAGCUUGUUAAUAAAUCUCUCUUGAAUGUUGAUAAUGGAUACUUGAAUAUGCAUGAUCUAAUACAGGAUAUGGGUAGAGAGAUUGUUAGGCAAGAGGCACCAAAUAAUCCUGCAAAACGUAGUAGAUUAUGGUUUCAUCAAGAUGUCAUUGAUGUAUUAUCGACCAACGAUUCAGGGAGUGAUGCAAUUCAAGGGAUAAUGCUUGAACCUCCUGAAUAUACAACAGAAGUAUAUUUGGAUGAUUAUACUUUUGAGAAGAUGAACCGUCUCAGAAUUCUCAUUGUUCAAAAUAUAACUUUUUCGUCAGAGCCUAAACAUCUACCAAAUCAUUUAAGGCUACUUGACUGGAAGGAAUACCCUUCAGAAACUUUCCCACCAAAAUUUUAUCCGAGAAAUAUCAUCAUCUUAAAUUUGCCUUAUAGUCAACUUACAAUGAAUGUGCCAUUUAAGAAAUUUUCAUAUCUGACUGUCAUGAAUUUCUCACAUAAUCAAUCUAUCACAACAAUGCCUGACGUAUCCAAAGUUGAAUGUUUGAGACAAUUGCAACUUGACCGUUGUGUGAACUUAACUAUGGUUCAUGAAUCCAUUGGAUUUCUCAAACAUCUUGUCCACUUAAGCGCUUCGGGAUGCAGUCAACUUAGAAACUUUCCGCAAAGAAUGUUCUUACCAUCUCUAGAAGUCCUUCGACUUAAUGAUUGUCGUGAACUUAAACACUUUCCAGAUAUAGUGAACAAGAUGGAUAAACCAUUGAAUAUUGAUAUGACCAAUACCUCUAUUGAGAAGCUGCCAAAUUCCGUUGGUAAUCUUAUUGGACUUGUUUCAUUAAACAUGCAAUGGAGCCGUAAACUCGAAUAUCUACCAAGUAGCUUAUUCACGUUACCAAAUGUUGAAGCUUUAUACUUUUUUGGAUGUUAUGAACUUGGUACUUUCAGAAGAUUUCUACCUGAUAGCCCUCCAGAUGCCAAUGAACGUUCAACAUCAAAAAGAAUGCAUUCUGGAAAUAGAAUUAUUCUUUUAAAUAAAGAUAGUGGUUUGUCAGAUGAAGAUGUUGAAGCUUUUAUGUUUAAAGUGAUUUUUAGGUGAAAAACGAGAGACGUGGAAUAGAGAUUGUGAUGCCUCAAAUGCAAACUGGGGUUCCGAAUUGGUUUGACUACAGCUGCAAAGGAGGAAAUCCGUGUUUUUGGGCUCGUAAGAAGUUUCCCGUAGUUGCUUUAGCAUUGGUGUUCCAGGGGUAACUGGGAUGACCAGACAAUCUUGGCGUCUACUUGUUGAGCUUCACUUGGUUAUAAAUGGUCUAUGUGUCUUUCGGAAAGGCUAUUACAACUUCAGAAUUGAACAAAAUCAUGUGUUAGUUUGUGAUUUGCGACUCUUGUUCAGUGACGAGGAAUGGCUGGGCCUUGAUGCAUUGCUUGAGCAUGAGUGGAAUCAAGUGCAGAUUUCAUAUGAAGCGCAGUCCACUGUGACACUAAGUGAUUGGGGAGUAUUUGUGUACAAACAAGGAACCUACAUGGAAGAAUAUGUCCAGUUCAUGUGUCCCGACCCAAAGUACUCACAAGUAGCUGACAUAUCACCCACAGACAGUAGUUCCUCCAAAAGAUCAUAAGCUAGAACAAAUGAAGUUGAUAGAUGAGUUAGCUCUAGAUGAAAUGUUAGCUGGAGUGUUGUCAGAAGCUAGGGACAUGGAAGAUCGCUUUUCAAAAGAUCAUUUGCAAGACCUGCUGGCAAUCGUGAGUGGCAUAAAUAAGGAGGCUCAAGAUGCAUUAGAAGGUAAACCACUAGAUGAUAAAAAUUCCACCCUGGCAUGUAUUCUUCGGUAUCUCAAUGAAUCACGUGAUGAUAAAGAUGAUCCAACAAAUUUUGACCGUGCAGAGGAAAUAAACGCUGCCAUAGGUGUAGGAGAAGCUUCAACCUCUGGCCAUCAGGGAAGUUCAGAGGCCCAAGACAGCCAUGCUGAGCAGGAUGAAAUAAUGACAGGGAUAUUCAUGAACUGAAUGGGGGCAGGACUUGGUGAAGCACAGAGUAGCUUGCCUUCUCUAGAUAUAGACACUACCAUGAUUUCUGCCUAUAAUAGAGGUGAAUGGGUUAGAUUGUCAGUCCCAGUGUCCGAGGUAGAAAUGAAGAUAUACAUGGAAGGAAUUAUCAAUGGACUUCUAGAAGAUAAGUUGAGCUUUCCCACUCAGAAAGAAUGGGAAAUACUAAAUACUGUGUUAUGGAAGGAGGGCCAUCACGUGAUGUUUCAAAGAAUAGAUUGGACUGAAAUAGUGGUUCCAAGCUCUGAAGAUCCUUUGCUGGAAUCAUUCAUGAUGAUGAAGAAAGGAGGUUGUUACUCGGGGAGGGCCAAGAGUAAACUCUUCUGCAAGCUGUUGGAGGAACACAAUGCUCUGCACAAGAAAAUUGAAGAAAUUGAAAAGGAAUCUGCUACUACGGAUAAUUCAAAGAAGCGUCACAGCCUUGAUGAGAAGCUGGCUGCUGUUUUGAAAGGAAGAGCUGAAGAAUUGGAGAGGCUCUAUGAUGAUGGAAAUGAAGAAUUCCAGAACUCAAGAGAUUCAUGAUUUGAUGACAGAUACAUACUUAAAUGGAAUGAGGGAUGGACUCCUUGAAUCACGGGCCAUAUUGCUCACUCUGGACAUGGACAUAAUAACUCAUGUGUUUGAGGGGAAUAAAAAUGAAAUUUCUACUCAGGAUAAAGAUAGUCAUCUUCUUCCUUUGAAAAAUCAAUAUGGUGAUUUUAUGGAAAAGCUUAACCCUCAAUUUACUGAUCCUAAUUCAAAGAAGCAUCAUGCCCUUGAUGGUAAUGAUGAUUCACAAGCAAAGGAAUCAAGCAUUUCUGACUCAAAAUCUUCUUUGAAUAGAACGAAGAUUAGCGCAGACAUUGGUAAAGAAGGCUUCAAAGAGGUUACAAAGCAUAAGAAGCUGAAUGCUGUCUUGAAAGAAAAAGAAGAAGAAUUGUUGAGCCUCUUUGAUGCUGAAAUUGAAGAAUUCCAGAACUUGGAAGAGAUUCAAGAUCUAUUGAGUGCGACAUACUUUAGUGGACUGAGGGAUGGAGUCCUUGAAGCACAGGCCACCUUACUUUCUUUGAACAUGGACAAAUCAACUCCUAUGUUUGAGGAGAAUGAGGAACACAUUACUCAUGAGGAUUCCAAUGAUGCUUUUUUUAUUGAAAAUCACAAUGAAGCAAUUAGCAUAGCGGGUAUUGUAAGUCCUGGUUUAGAAGCGGACAACCCGUGGGACACUCGUUACCCCUUUGGUUGCUUCUGGAGGAUUUUGUACACUUAUUUUUGUAAGUGUUUCUCUUAGUUGUAUCAAUUAAAAAAAUAAAGAAUAAAUGAUGCACUUAGAUUGCACUUAAUACUAAGCGUUUUUCACAAUAAUCAUGCAUAUGACCCUUUUGUUUUCUAUUUUCAUUAUUAGUGUUUGUUUAGAUAAUGAAUAGGCAAUGUAAUUGUGGUUUGUGGGAA